GAUAUGUCUACAGUGUUCGAGGACCCUCCGAGGUUUGAUUAGUUCAACAUGGAACGCUGCUUGAUAAACGUGUCUACGGAAACAAAACGUAAUGUGCGCAAACUUUUUGAUUUGGAUGAACCUGGCAGAUUAGAAGAUGCGGUUCAGAUUUUAGACGAAUGGAUAAAAAAGCAGACUCAUUUUCUCAAAACGGAUUAUGAAAGAGCCUAUUUGGAGAGAACUAUAAUAUUCUGCAAAGGAUCUAUUGAGAAAGCGAAACAGCAAAUUGACAGAUUGUGCACCUACAAAACUAUGGUACCAGUUUUCUUUGAGUGCACUAACAUGAUGGAAAUGAAAUCAGUUUUCGAAAUAUGUACUGUUGCGGUACUGCCCGAGUUGACUCCGGAUCAUUAUAGGGUUUUGCUAGUAAAAAUUAAUAAUACCGAUUUCGAUGCUAAAAAAUUCAUGACGUUCUACAAAUGCUGCAUAAUGAUUGCUGAAUAUUUGAAAAGACACGAUUACUGCACUGGCUACAUCAUGGUCAAUGAUUAUAGAAAUAUUAACGUCACUGACAUGCUGACCAAGAUAGACUUUGUAAAUAUACCACAGUUCUUGAGUAUUAUUAUUCAAGGUUACGGUUGCAGUGUGAAGGGUAUUCACUUUCUGACGCCGUCUAAGCUGAUUGAAAAUUUCGUGAAUAUUUUCAAGCAAUUCGUGAGUGAAAAAUUAUCUGGCAGAAUCCAUGCUCUGAAAACUCUGGAAAACUUAUAUGACUAUAUACCGAAAGACAUAUUACCGGUUGAAUACGAAGGUGGUGAAAAAUCAGUGGAGCUUUUAAAUGAUGAUUUAAUGAAGGUUUUCACAACAACGGAGACUAUGAAUUACUUGGAAAUGAUGAAAAACGCAUGCACUGACGAAUCAAAAAGACAGAAGGAUAUAUUUAAUGAACAAUACAUGGGAUUGCCGGGAAGCUUCAGAGCUUUGACUGUCGAUUAAAUAACAGAUAAAUUUUAUCAUAAAAAUAGGUGUUUUGGAGCUCCGUGUUUUCUUGUAUAACUUGUUUGCUAAUUCGUCACAUCAACUGCUAUUUGGCAUUGGUUUUAUUUUUUCGAUUGGGACUUAUCACGUAAAUACUUAUGACUUUUCAAAUAGAAUACGUUUUGCAGCUAUAAUGUUUUCAAUAAUAAUAUGUUUCUAAUAAUUUUCUACAUCCUGCUCUUUUUAGUCUGUGGAAUUAAAACAGCACGUUGUUUUGUCUCAUAGUUAAUGAAAAGCUGCAUGUUGGAUUACGUACUGAAAAAUGAGUAAACUUGUAAUUAUUAUUUAUUCGAAUAUUAAAUAAAUUAGGAAAACUAAUGUGGGAUCGGAAAUAAAUACGUUUUCGGAGUUCA